AUGAAGGAUGUGGACGAGGUCAAGACCAAGGCGUCCAUCAUCAGCUUGGUCGGGUACUGGGGCAAGAACUGGAAGAAGUGCUCAUCUGGACACCUCUACCUCGUCGAUGCAUGUGGCGACCCUCAUGGCGAGACUGGCAAAUGCAUCGAUUGCAAGGUCAAGGUUGGAAAGGGAGACAGCAAUGCAGUCACAUACUAG